UUAUAUGACACCGUAUUUAAGAUUUGCCCACCCACGUUAAGGAAUCCUCUUUCUCCUCUUUCUCUUUCUCUUUCUCUUUCGCUUUCAAUUAUCGAUCUUUGCUCUUUUGCCUCCAUGGACACCAACGGCGUCGUUUCCUUUGAUGUCUCGCCGGAGGAUUCCCACGAGGUUCACGUUUUGGCCGUCGACGACAGCCUCGUUGAUCGAAAGGUCAUUGAACGCUUGCUCAAAAUCUCAGCUUGUAAAGUUACGGCUGUGGAUAGUGGAAUCAGAGCACUGCAAUUCCUGGGGUUGGACGAACAGAGAAGGGCCUCUGAAUCUGAUAGUUUUGUCCCGAGUUUGAAGGUGGAUCUAAUUAUCACAGACUAUUGCAUGCCCGAAAUGACCGGUUAUGAGUUGUUAAAGAAAAUCAAGGAAUCAACCACGUUCAGAGAAAUCCCGGUAGUGAUUAUGUCUUCUGAAAACAUUUUGCCGCGCAUAGACAGAUGCUUAGAGGAAGGUGCAGAGGAUUUCAUAGUGAAGCCAGUGAAGUUAUCCGACGUGAAACGGUUAAAGGGUUACAUGACACCGAGAGAGGUUAGAGAGCGAAGCCAAGAGAGAACAAGUGUUGAGGGGAGUGGUGGUGGUGUGGAGAUCAACAACAAAAGAAAGCUGGAAGAGCAAGAAAUCUCCGACGUGUCAUCAUCACCGCCGUCCAUUUCUACGCUUUCAUCAUCACCGUCUGAUUCUUCGCCGUCGCCGUCGCCGUCAUCUUCUCCCACGUCUUCGCCCAGCGUACUCGCGUCUCCAAUCAGACGGCUCAAAAUGAGCAGCAGCACCACCGAUUGACUCUCUGUUACGCCAUCCACAGCUGCAUUUCUUUUUUUUUUUGUUAAGAUUUAUUGUUUUUCCUCUUUCGGGGUUGGAACCGCAAUUACCCGUUGUCUGUAACGGUUUUUGUUGCAAUAUUGCCCCUAAUUUAUUUUGUUUGUUUGUACGAAGGUGGGUUAUAAAGUUAUUAAAGUAUAUUAUGUGGCAAAAAAAAAUGUUGUUUUUCUUUGUUUUGGGAGAAAGGGUAGCGAAAAAUUGAAUUGAAAAAGAUUAUGGGCUUUUGGUGAGAUGAAAAUGAGGAAAUAAUAAAAUAAUAUAUGGUGUGGAAAUGAUGUGGAAUAUAGUUUUGCAAGAUAUUGUGUGGAGUAA